UCCCCAACUUUCACAUUCAAACCUUCCGUUUUCAAUCGGAUCUCCAUUGAACCUAAAACCCAGAAAACCAGAAGAAAAAUCCAAUCAUCUUCAUUGAUUCAUCCUUUCAUCUUCUUCUUCUUUCUGUUAAAACAACAAUGGCGUUCAAGAAAACACUAGUACAGAGAUUAUUCAAUCUCUCACGAUUCUCAACACCGUCGAUAUCGAGAAACACCGCCGCUAAACCACCCUCCGAACCGCCGGAACCGUCUCGAUUGAAGAGAAACAUGCAACGCCGCCCACUCUACCAAGCAGCGACGACGCCUCCUUCGUCGUCGGGGGCUCUCCGGUUGUUCCCUCCGGCGGGGGAGAUGUUAAAGGAGAUGAACAAUGCGAAGGAUCGCAUUCGAUUGAGCGGUCUGAUUGCGCUACCUCAACAAUCGCCACCGAAAUCGGCGGCGCGUGAGGAGGAACCGCCAGCGGGGUUAUCGGUGAAAGAAGUUAGGAAAUUAUUGAGAGCGUCGCAAGCUGAAUUGAUUAGAUCUAAGCUUAGCGAAGUUGAUAGAGAUUGGGUAACGUAUAAUGAAUUUUUGGGAUUGAUUGAGGAUAGUUGCGGUGGAAAUAAAGAACAAGCGUUUUCGUUUGCCAAAACGCUGGAUGAUAGCGGUUCCGUUAUUGUUCUUGGAAACGCCGUUUGCUUGCGUCCUCAUCAGGAAAUAAAAACUUUGGUAGCACAGGCAAUUCAAACCCUUGUCACCCCUCCCGCAAUCACGGACCCCAACGACCCUCGAAGACAAGAGCUCGAGCUGAUGGAGGACCAGAAAGUCGAAAUCGACACAAAAGCCGAGGCCCUAGUCCGCCGGGAACUGUGGGCUGGGCUGGGCUACAUGGUGGUCCAAACCGCGGCCUUCAUGAGGCUCACAUUUUGGGAACUUUCAUGGGAUGUGAUGGAACCUAUUUGCUUUUAUGUCACUUCUGCCUAUUUUAUGCUCGGGUAUACCUUCUUUUUAAGGACAGCUAAAGAACCAUCCUUUGAAGGGUUCUUCCAAAGCCGGUUUAACGCGAAGCAAACGCGGCUUAUGAAGACGCAUGAUUUCGAUGUUAAGAGGUAUAAUGAGCUAAGGAAAGCUUUUGAUCCACAUUAUUCAUCUUCUUCGUUGGAUCGUAGUUUGAUGUUCAGGUUUGAUCACCAUAAAAUUGAUUGAAGAAGAAAUACUGGGAUUAAUUGAUACUUUUUUUUUCUUUCUUUUUUUUAAAUAUAUACAUUUGUGAUUUUUCGAAUUAUCGGAUGAGCCGGUUUAUGUACUCUUUUUGGGGCUUCUUAUUUAGCAAGAAGUGUAAUUCGAUGAUGAUGAAAAAUUAAUCAAUAUAGGCAGAUGCGGCACUGUGUAAAGAUUUAGAGGAAAUCAAUUUUUACUUUUGGGUUUCAACCCUUUUCUUAAA